CUGGAGUAGUAGUUUGACAGGUUAAAGAACACACAGAACGGCAGUUUUCUUCUGCUGCUUCGUGUUGUGGCGUCGCGUAUGUUCUCGUCUAUACCCCACAGCCGGCCACCCCCCGCAGCCAGGCAAGUGACCGUUGCAUCCUCUUCCCCUUCCCCUUCCAGAGCCCUCUUCUAUGGAGGAGUAAAUUCAUCCGUCCAUCCACCGACCCAGAGCCCUCGAUCCCCUAAAAAAAACCCAGAGCCCUCCAUUCCACAGCCAUCCUCCCCUCUGCAGUGCACUGCUGCUUGACCAAGCAACAACAAGAAGCUACCAGCGCGCUACCUGCAGAUUGCAGCACACGCAAGUGAGAGGGCAGGCAACUCCCCGGACGCAAGCUUCGCAAAUCCUCUCAGCCCUUGCGGUGCCCGGUACGGUACGGCACGUCUGUUCUCUCUCUCUCUCCCUCCCCCCACUAGAUCCACUUCAAACUUGGUUGUUGGUUUUCCAUCGGAUUAACUGAUGAAUCUAUGGGCAUACCCACAGAUCGCUCAACUGAGUUAGAGGGCAAGCAUGGCUUCCCUUGGUGACAUAGGCCUCGCCGCGGGUCUCAACGUAUUGACCGCCGUUGCCUUCUUGCUCGCAUUUGCAUUCCUUCGGCUGCAGCCAAUCAACGACAGGGUCUACUUUCCUAAAUGGUACCUCAGGGGAAUGAGAGACAAUCCAAUCGUAUCUGGUGCAGCUGUGCAAAAGUUUGUUAACUUAGACGCCAGAUCCUACUUGAAGUUUUUAAACUGGAUGCCAGCUGCUCUCAAGAUGCCCCAGGAUGAGCUCAUUAACCAUGCAGGCCUUGAUUCUGUGGUCUACCUACGGAUAUACGUAACAGGGCUCAAGAUAUUUGUUCCAAUUACAGUUCUGGCUUUUCUUGUACUGGUCCCAGUCAAUUGGACCAAUGACACCCUAGGACGCAUCAACGUAGUCUACAGUCCUAUUGACAAACUUUCGAUAUCUAAUGUACCUAAUGGGUCGAAGAGGUUUAUAGCUCACUUGGGCAUGGCUUAUGCCAUCACAUUUUGGACCUGUUAUGUACUGUUGAAGGAGUAUGAAAUUAUUUCUAACAUGAGGCUGCGCUUUCUAGCUUCAGAGAAACGCCGACCAGAUCAGUUCACUGUCCUUGUGCGGAAUAUACCACCAGAUCCUGAUGAAUCAAUCAGUGAGCUUGUGGAACAUUUCUUCCUUGUCAAUCAUCCUGAUCAUUAUCUACAACACCAGGUGGUUUACAACGCAAAUAAACUUGCUGAUCUGGUUGAAAAGAAGAAGAAGAUGCGAAAUUGGCUUGACUAUUACCUACUAAAGUAUGAGCGAAAUUCAUCAUUGAGGCCUACCACAAAGACUGGCUUUCUUGGAUGUUUUGGUUCCAAGGUGGAUGCUAUUGACUAUUACAAAUCAGAGAUCGAGAAAAUCGGGAAACAGGAAGCUGAAGAGCGUAAGAAUGUCAUGAAGGAUCCAAAAUCAGUUGUGCCGGCAGCCUUUGUCUCAUUUCGCUCCCGAUGGGGUGCAGCAGUCUGUGCUCAGACCCAGCAAACAAGCAAUCCAACACUCUGGUUGACAGAAUGGGCUCCGGAACCUCGUGAUGUUUAUUGGAAUAAUCUGUCCAUCCCAUUUGUGUCCCUUACAAUUAGGAGAUUGAUAGUUGCUGUGGCAUUCUUCUUCCUUAACUUCUUUUACGUCAUCCCAAUAACAUUCGUACAGUCUCUUGCAAACCUUGAAGGAAUAGAGAAGGCACUUCCAUUUCUAAAACCCUUGAUUGACUUGCCAUUCAUUAAAUCAUUCAUCCAAGGGUUUCUUCCUGGAAUUGCUUUGAAGAUCUUCCUUAUAGUGCUUCCAACUAUACUGAUGUUUAUGUCUAAAUUUGAAGGACUGAUAUCGCAGUCAUCUCUGGAGAGGCGAUCUGCAUCUAAGUAUUACAUAUUCUUGUUCUUCAAUGUAUUUUUGGGGAGCGUAAUUGCAGGAUCUGCUCUGGAGCAGCUUAAAACUUAUCUCCAUACAUCAGCAAACGACAUACCAAGGAUCAUUGGUGACUCCAUCCCAAUGAAGGCGACUUUUUUCAUAACAUAUGUGAUGGUUGAUGGUUGGACUGGAAUAGCUGGUGAAAUAUUGAGACUGAAGCCGCUUAUAUUCUUCCAUCUGAAGAACUUUUUCUUGGUCAAAACCGAAAAGGACAGAGAAGAAGCUAUGGACCCUGGCAGUAUCUGCUUUGACUCAACUGAACCUAGAAUACAGUUGUACUUCUUGCUUGGCCUUGUUUAUGCUGCAGUGACGCCGUUCUUGCUUCCUUUCAUAUUGGUGUUCUUUGGGUUCGCAUAUGUUGUCUUCCGCCACCAGAUAAUAAAUGUCUAUAAUCAGCAAUAUGAGAGCGCCGCACAGUUCUGGCCUAGCGUUCAUGGGCGUAUAAUCACAGCGUUGAUUGUAUCGCAACUGCUGCUCCUGGGACUGAUGAGCACGAACGACUUUGAGCAGACGACACCUGUGCUCCUUGUUCUUCCUGUGCUGACCUUUGGGUUUUACAAGUACUGCAAGAACCGCUUUGAGCCGGCAUUCGUGAGGAACCCGCUGCAGGAGGCGAUGAAGAAGGACACCCUAGAACGCGCCCGGGAGCCCAACUUGGAUCUGAAGGCGUACCUGGCCAACUCGUACCUGCACCCGGUGUUCAAGGGGGACGAAGGCGACGACAGGUACUCGGUGAUGGACGACGAUGGGUGGAUGGAGGAGGAGGUGAUCGUGCCGACGAAGCGGCAUUCGAGGAGGACGACGCCCGCGCAGAGCAAGCAUGAAGGGUCGGACUCGCUCUCUGUGCUCGAGAGUUCUCUACAGCGGUAGUCACAGUAGGAGCUUAGCCUGUACAGAAUGGAUGAAAAUGAUCACGGCCCUGCUCCAUUGCUUUUGCUUUGGUUGUUGGUUGUUCAUGUCACAGGGGACACACACACACAGAUAGAAUUCAAGAGAGCUGUGGGGAGGACUGAGGGGAGAGAUAGUUUACUGUAGCUUGGACAAAGAAUCUGAAUACAGCAGUUACAUUAUCUGAUGAAUCUGUUAGCACCA